AGAAGCUUCCCAUUGACGUUCUUCAGCCAUGGCGUUCUUGCGCCUGGGUGACAUGCUGCCUGUGAUGCUUAGCCUUUGGCCGCUGGCGACGGCCACGCCCCAGGCGACGUGGCCAUCAGCCUUCGAGGCUUGGUAUGCCUCCGAUGCCAAGCACACCACCGGCCACUACGCCACCGACUCCCAUGUUGGAGCCUCGCGUAUUGUGCUUCGUGAUGGUACAGGAGACCACCUAUGCUCAGCCUUUCACAAUGCGACGGCUUGUGAACAGCUGACGGUGGCAGGCUUUCGCUAUUUGUACUUUCCCAAUGCCGGCGAUUGCUGCAAGUGCUGUACAUACACCACGGGCACCUACGAGUGCGGAGGUCCGGUGGGACCGCAAUGGGUGAAGAAUCUCACUGGGAACCUGCGGUAUGUGGGCCGCAGUGAGAUCUUAGGCCGAAGCUGCCACAAGUGGAGCAUCGUCGGACUCGAUCCGGAACAUUUGAACUACUACUUCCAGGAUGUGCAGACUGGAUUACCAUGUGGCAUUGAUGGGUACAACUACCUGAGGACUCCGGCCGAGCCGGCGGAUGAUCAAUACCUCUUCGAGGCCGACUCGUUGAAUCUCACCGUACCAACGAGUCACUUCGAUGUCCCCGAACGGUGCCAAGAUGCCAGAUAUUGCGGCGGAGAGGUGUGUGCUACGGGGCCCACGGCGCCCGAGACGACGCUGCAGAUCUGAACGGCAGAGCGAUUUCAGCCGCGGCGCCAGAUCGGGUGCUGCGAUUGCUUGGAGCAAUCGGUUUGGCAGGAAAAGGUGGACGGAAAAGGUGCAGGUGGG